CGCGACGCAGCGUGCAGGACUGUGAAGGACGCAGACGUGAAGCUUGUGAUGAAAUAAUUCAAAUAUAAAGCUCUGUCAGGAGGAAGCUGUUCAUGAUGGCGGUGUCGUGUCUAACUCGAGCCCUGCGCUCCAUGACUCUGUCCCAGCCUGCCCUGCUCUCCUCACAGGCAGUGGCUCAGACCAAACUGGGAGUGCAGGUGCCCAGUGCAGUCGGACAGUGCAGAGGCUUCCUCACCACAGCGUCUCUGGAGCAGAACAGGACAUACUGGAAGCAGAGGGAGAAGUACACCAUCAGGCCCAUAGGGAUGAAAAAGACAGGAGGCCGAGAUUACACAGGAAGGAUAGUGACACAUGGCAUCGGCGGUGGCCACAAGCAGAAGUACAGGUGGAUAGACUUUCAGCGACUGCGCUACGAACCAAACAAAGAGGCCCAGCCCUUUGAAGAGAAGGUUGUUGAAGUACGAUACGACCCGUGCAGGUCUGCUGACAUCGCUCUGGUAGCUGGGGGCUGCAGGAAGAGAUGGAUUAUUGCCACAGAGAACAUGCAGUCCGGAGACAUCAUUAAAACAUCUGGAGUUAUUGGACGCAUGGCAGUCUCAGCCAAUGAGGGUGACGCCUACCCACUGGGAGCUCUUCCUGUGGGAACACUGGUGAACAACCUGGAGGUUCAACCAGGGAAAGGAUCCCAGUACAUUCGUGCUGCAGGCACAAGCGGUGUUUUGCUCCGAAAAGUCAACGGAACAGCAAUCGUCCAGCUUCCUUCGAAGCAGCAGGUUCAGGUAUUGGAGACCUGCAUAGUAACGGUGGGACGCGUGUCCAACAUCGACCACAAUAAACAGAUCAUCGGAAAAGCUGGUCGCAACCGCUGGCUCGGCAAACGCCCUUCGAGCGGCUUGUGGCAGAGAAAGGGAGGCUGGGCAGGACGCAAGAUUAAACCGCUGCCUCCGAUGAAGGUUUACGUUAACCGGCCAUCAGUCACAGCUCAGUAACACACUGGACGUGUUCGGGACUGGAGAUUGUUGUCUUAUAAUCACUUGUAAUAUAAACACAACAAAAUAAAGUGAUUGCUUGGAGGGAAAGUAUGAAUAAAGUAAAGUUGUUUGUACAGAAGAUUAAAAAUUUUAUUAAACACAA